AUGAUUCCACCGUCAGAUUCGGAACCAUCCGACGUUGAAAAUGAUGAGAAUAAUGAAGAAGGAGUAUUUUCACGUAUAGUGUUAGACGAUUCAUCUUCCUGCCGAACUCUGUCUCCCGGGCUGGAAGAAUUUUUAAAUGGUUUUGAUGACGAUUUUGAUGAAGAAUUAGCGAGUCCUUCUCUAUUAAAUAAUUGUUAUGAUACUUUGGUGGAUUCCCUUGCAACGAGCAAUAUUUCUCUUCAACCUUCUCCAUCUGUGGUCACCACGUCAGUACAGUCUCCAAGAAAUAUUUCCAAUGUUCAGCCGCAUUAA